AUGGACUCAUUUUUAUUAACUUUACUAACAUCUGAAUUUAUUGUACGAUUAUGGUCAUGCUCCAUACACACACACUUCCGGGGAUGGCGGGGUAAAAUCCGGUACCUGUGCUCACCCUAUCCCAUACUGGAUCUGACCAUCAUAUUAGUGGCCGCGUCUAUACUGUACUAUCAGUCCAAAGCACAGAUACUAAGCAUAGCCCUGAGGGGUGUGAAAAUAUUUCAGGUGUUUGAGUCGCGGUUCCGCACCUGGAGGUUGAUUGUGUCGGUCGUAUGGGACCAACGGUUACAUCUGGCCAUCACUUUCUAUAUAGCAUUGUUAAUACUAUUGUUGGUAUCGUUUUUAAUGCACUUGGUAGAAAAGGAUGUGAACGAUAGCUUUAAUACCCUACCGGCCAGUAUGUGGUGGACGUUGAUUACUAUGAGUACGAUUGGCUAUGGAGAUGCUGUGCCAGAAACCACCUUGGGCAAGUUUAUAGCUUGCUUAUGCAUAUUGGUUGGCGUUUCAAUAUUCGCAUUACCGGCCGGAAUACUGGGCACUGGACUCGCAUUAAAAGUAGAAAAACAAAACCGUCACAAACGGCUUAACAAACGCCGGGCACCGGCGGCACAACUCAUACAAUACUACUGGCGAUGGUUGGCCACCGACCGACCCGUAUCGGGCAUCACGAUAACCAUCGCGGGUCAGUGUCCGGUCACUUACUAUAUGAUGAACAGUCGUGAAAGGCAUGCCUACAGGUUUAUCGUACGGCUCCGGUAUCUGUCGGCUCGCACUCGGUUCAGGUGUCAACUGAACCAAUCGCAUGAUUUGCAUCAGGCUAUUGACCGGUACGCGAGUGGACAGUCGACUUUGGCCGAUGCCGUGCGUGUAUUGGCCGUCGAGUUAACUACAGUCCGGUCCGAUCCAAUCAUAGUGACCACGUGUCCGGUGCCGGUCUGUCUAAUGUGGACAUACGUGUUGUCAAAUCAAGCAUUGACCACAAAGUUCUACCGGCUUUUCACUGUCUAUUCCACUCGAAAGUUGACCAGCAAUACACCCAUCAUUCCAGUCGUUCGCCCCAAAUAA